AUGAAUUUCCACUGGCUCCUGAUCGCUACGCUCGGUUUCGCUCCCCACCAACUCCUACUCCCCGAGUUGCGCGCUCACUUACGAUCUCUCUCCUCUUCCCUCAACCUCGAUCCUGCCAUCUACGAAGCACUAGCCCCCCAGAUCAAAUCCAUGGCUCGGAAGUUGGCAAACCCUAAUGGCUCCAUGGGCUUUGUUAUGGUGGUUACGCUUAAAAUCCUGACCAUUGAAUAUGUCGACCAACCGUUUGAUGAUUUGUCCGACUCAAUGGCUUUGCUUGCGAAUGGUAGUAGCAAUGGCGGUUCAACUUCGUCGUCAAUUUCUUUGGACUUCGUGGUUGAGAAAUUGGGGGCAGAGAAAUUUUUCGAAAGGGGAGAUGACGACUUGGGUUCUUGCAGUGUAUGUUUGGAGGAAUUGUCUGGUGGGACUGCGAGUGAGCUCAUUUGGAUGCCGUGCUCUCAUGGCUAUCACCCAUCUUGCAUCCUUCGCUGGUUCAACAUGGAUAAGAAGAUGAUUCCCAACUGCCGAUAUCAACUCCAUGUGGAGUGA